CGUCAACAGCGUAGAGCAGUUGAGCGCGAGCGACGCGCCUGUCCAGUUCGUUGUCAUCGGAUCGCAUCGGAUCGGACCAUGGCACGAGUGAGCAGUGUGAUAUCAGCGCUGUUUUGGCUCUGUUUGAGCAGCGGAUGCAGCGGCUAUUACAGCCUUCAGGUUGGUGAUCCGUGUCCGACUCGCGGCUAUCGCAGCAGCUGCCAGCCGGCGGAGCAGUGCUCCACACUGGGGCCGUUCAUUAGAAGUGGACGGCUGUCGGUUGGGUCUGUGCUCAAUUGCGGCUAUACUAUAGCCGGCGAGAAGAUUUGUUGUCCGCUGGAAGAUGCAGCAACUACAACAACAACAACAGCAACAACCACUACAACAACAACAACAACAACAACAACAACAACAACAACAACCACUACAACAACAACGGAAUCUCCACCCUGGCUUGGCCUAUUCAAGACCAGUCGAGAGUAUUUGGAACGUUCGGUGGCCGAGCAGGCGCCAGCCAGCCGGGACAGCAUCAUAUUCCCAGAUACCUCCACCCUGUCGGGCGCCGCCUGCCAAACGCCCCUGUACGAGGGCAGCUGCGAGACGAUAUCGCGCUGCCGCAGCCUGAAACCGUUGCUGCUGCAGCAGCGACUGCACGACGACGAUGUCCAGACGUGCCGGGCCGGCACCGUCGAGGAGAUCAUCUGCUGUCCGGCCAAUUUGCCGGCGGUGCCGCGCGGCCAGGUGGGCACCGCCACGCGCAUCUGUCUGCCCGAGACGACAGCACCGCAGACCGAGACGAGAGCCUUGUACGACGACGAGAGCGCCGCUGCCAAUGCGGUGCGUCUGUUGCCCCACUAUAGGCAUCUGGCGGCGCUGGCAUAUCCGAAUGCUGCACACGAUGGCUAUGUGCAUAGCUGCACGGCGCUGGUACUGACGCCGCAGCUCCUGGUGAGCGGCGCCGACUGCGGGCGGCCCAGUCAUGCGGUAUUCGGUGUGGCCGAUAUGCGUGAUGUGGAUGAUGAGGAGGACUUUAUAGCUGUUAUAGAUCGUGUCGCCGUCUAUCGCUACGAUUUGGCUGUGCUGCGUCUAACGCAACCAUUGCCCGUGGAUCAGUCGAGUGGGCCACACAUCAGUCUGGCCCCCAUGUGCACCCAGUUCGAGCUGACACGCCUGCAGAUCAGCGGACAGCUGCUGGCCACCGCCUGGGCCAAGAGCAAUGCCAGCGAUUGUCCGCUUUAUGAGCUGCCCAUGCGUCUGCUGCCCACGGAAGCGUGCAAGGAUAUUGCCAAUGCCACAGCUGCCCAGGAGGUGCCUGCGUCGCAUCUCUGUCUGGCGCCCAUUCAGGCCAAUGCUCUGAUUGCCAGCGAUUCCGGCUCGUGUGCUCCGUGUCCCGCUGCCGUGGCCAGUGUGCUCCAUUUGCUUCGCCCCAGCGGCAGGCGUUGUGUCUUGGGCGUUGCCACGCCCACUGUCGACCACAGUUGCGAUGCGAAGGCCAUGUACUACACGAGCCUGCUGAGCGCACAGCUCCUUGUGUUUGUCGAACAGCAGCAGAAGGCGAAGCGUCUAUAAGGACUGCCGGACCUCAUCGAGACUCAAGCCCGCUCGUUCCACUGCAACAGUUGCAGCCUUAGCUGCAAACUCCUUAUCAAAUGUGAUUACUAUAUAAGAUUUAUACGCUCAUAU